GCCCAGUCUGCAGGUCAGCUUCAGCCCGAAGUUGUCCACGGCAAAAGAAAAGUUCCGCAGCUCCAGUUCAGCGAGAAGUCGAGCAAAAUGGUUGUUGAGAAGAAAUUUGCGAUCGGGCAGGAGCCCGAUCCCUCCGAAUUUCUUUUUAUUUCUAUGGAAAUGAGAAUGAAGGACGAGUCGGUCCCUUACGAUGCCAAAACGUCCUGCUGGGUCCCCGAUCCGGCGGAUUGUUACACGAGAGGAGAUAUUCGCAGUACUGAGGGAGACUUUGUCAUGGUUUGGACUGGGUCAGAGGAGAAGAAAUUCAAGAAGGACCUAGUAGGUCAGGUGAACCCCCCAAAGUACGAGAAAUGCGAGGACAUGUCCAACCUAACCUUUUUGAAUGACGCAUCCGUCCUUUGGAAUUUGAAGAACCGGUAUCAAGCCAAGCUGAUUUAUACCUACUCCGGCCUCUUCUGCAUCGCCGUUAACCCCUAUGUCCGUUACCCAAUCUACACGGUCCGGGCCAUGAAAAUCUACACCAACAAGCGGCGUAACGAGUGCCCUCCCCACAUCUUCGCCAUUGCGGAGGGUGCCUACCAAAACAUGAUUCAGGACCACGAAAAUCAAUCCAUCCUAAUCACUGGAGAGUCCGGGGCUGGAAAGACGGAAAACACAAAGAAAGUUAUCGCUUACUUUGCCAACGUGGGUGCCUCAUCUAGCUCUGAAACGAAGAAGGUUUCCCUUGAGGAUCAGAUCGUCCAAACUAAUCCCGUCCUCGAGUCUUUCGGAAAUGCCAAGACUACCAGGAAUGACAAUUCGUCGCGAUUCGGUAAAUUCAUCCGCAUCCAUUUUGGACCAACGGGAAAAUUGGCUGGUGCUGAUAUCGAGUCUUAUCUGCUGGAGAAGGCUCGUGUCAUCUCCCAAAUGCCGCUGGAGCGAUGCUACCACAUCUUUUAUCAGGUGAUGGGAACGGCGGCUAAAGAGCUCGGGAUUAAAGACAUGUGCUUGCUCGGCGACGACAUCUACUACUACCAUUACGUCUCCCAAGGAAAAAUUACCGUGCCCAGUAUCGACGACAAUGAAGAAAUGCACGCCACCCAUGAAGCCUUCGAAAUCCUCCUCUUCACCAAAACGGAGCGGGAAGACUGCUACAAGGUCACGGCAGCCGUCAUGCACAUGGGAGAGAUGAAGUUUGAGCAGAAAGGUCGGGAAGAGCAAGCCGAGCCGGACGGUCUCGUUGAUGGAACCAACUGCGCCAAAUUGCUCGGUGUGGAUGGGGAACAGAUGUACACAAACAUUUGCAAGCCACGCAUCAAGGUCGGAACCGAGUUCGUGACCAAGGGAAUGAAUGUGAACCAGUGCUCCUACACUUUGGGGGCCAUGGCGAAAUCCAUUUUCGACAGGAUGUUCAAAUGGCUCGUGAAAAAGUGUAACGACACGUUGGACACAAAACAGAAACGACAAUCGUUUUCGGGAGUGUUGGACAUUGCCGGGUUCGAGAUUUUCGACGAGAACGGUUUCGAUCAGCUCUGUAUCAACUUUACGAACGAGAAACUGCAACAAUUCUUCAACCAUCACAUGUUCGUCCUGGAACAGGAAGAAUACAAGAAGGAAGGUCUUGAUUGGAUUUUUGAGGACUUCGGGAUGGAUUUGCAAGCUUGUAUCGAACUCUUUGAGAAACCUAUGGGGAUCUUUGCCAUUCUGGAAGAGCAGACCAUGUUCCCCAAAUCCACCGAUAAAUCCUUUGAAGACAUGUUGAAGGCCAAUUUGCUGGGAAAGUAUAACUGCUUAAUGAAGCCCAAACCCCCAAAGCCCGGACAAAAAGAAGCACAUUUCACUGUUGGUCAUUACGCGGGCAAUGUGGCGUACAACAUUGCUGGAUGGUUGGAGAAGAACAAGGAUCCCUUGAACGACUCUGUGGUCGAUCAAUGGAAAAAGGGAAGCAACGAUUUGGUAGUUUACUUGUAUCUUGACAACCCGGGGCAAUCCGCCGAAGUUAGCAAGGAUGCCGGUGGCGGAAAAGGUGGAGGCAAAAAGAAGGGUGGUGGAAUGAGCAGUGUAUCUUCGUCGUACAGAGAGCAACUGAACAAUUUGAUGACCACUUUGAAAGCGACACAUCCCCAUUUCAUCCGAUGUAUUGUGCCGAACGAGGUCAAGACACCGGGACUCGUGGACGCUCACUUGGUCAUGCACCAGCUGACCUGUAAUGGUGUACUUGAAGGAAUCCGUAUUUGCCGAAAGGGAUUCCCCAACAGGACCAAUUACCCGGAUUUCAUGCACAGGUAUGUCAUCUUAGCGGCGGAAGCGAUGAAGGCGGCAGGGUCAGAUGACAAAAAGAUGGCUAUUGCUUGUUUUGAUGCAAUCAAACUGGAUCCUGACCGAUACCGGGUUGGGCACACUAAAGUCUUCUUCCGUGCCGGAACUUUGGGUUUUCUGGAGGAGGUGCGUGACGAAAAGGUCGGCCAAGUCAUCACAUGGAUGCAAAGUAGAAUCCGAACAUUCCUACAGCUGAAGGAAUUCAAGCGCCUCCAGGAGCAGCGUAUUGCUCUCCAAGUCGUCCAGAGAAACUUGAGGACUUACGUGAAAAUGAAGAAAUGGCCGUGGUUCGACGUAAUGCUAAAGCUCAAACCCAUGAUUGCUGCCUCCAAAAUCGGUGACGAGCUCAAUAAGCUUGAAGAGAAAGCUGAGAAGCUCGAAGCUCAUGUUAAAAACGAACAAAAACUGAGGGCUGAAGCCAUCGAGCGUGAAGCCAAGGCGGCCGCUGAGCGAGACGAAGUUCAAAAGACGCUUGAAGCCGAGCGCGGGAAAGGCGGCGACUACGGUGUUCGUCUCACAAAGAUGCAGACCCAGAAGGAGGAUUUAGAAAGGCAAAUUAAGGACGCCCAGGAAAAACUCGUCCGUGAGGAGGAGGCUCGUGCAAAACUUGCCCAAGAAAAGAAAAGGAUGGAGCAGGAAGUCCUCGGCAUGCGGAAGGAUUUUGAAGAUUUGGCCAUAGCUGUGAACAAGGUGGAAGGGGACAAGAACACGCGGGACCACCAGAUGAGGACUCUCAAUGACGAAAUCUCUCGCCAAGACGAUCUGAUCAAUAAGCUCAACAAGGAGAAGAAGCACAUGCAGGAGCUCACUUCAAAGACUGGGGAAGAGCUGCAAGGUGCCGAGGACAGGGUGAACCAUCUCAACAAGGUCAAGUCCAAACUGGAACAAACCCUGAAUGAACUGGAGGAAAAUCUCGAUCGGGAGAAGAAGAUGAGGGCCGAUUUUGAAAAAACUAAAAGGAAGGUUGAAGGAGAUCUUAAGUUGACCCAGGAAUCUGUCCACGAUCUUGAACGAAACAAGCGUGAGCUGGAACAAUGUAUUCAGCGCAAGGAUAAGGAGGUUCAAGCCUUGACCGCGAAGCUAGAGGACGAGCAGAGUGUUGUUUGCAAGCUCCAAAAACAGAUUAAGGAACUUCAAGGAAGAAUUGAAGAGUUGGAAGAGGAGCUUGAGUCUGAGCGUCAAGCCCGCGCCAAGGCUGAGAAACAACGAGCCGAUCUCGCCCGAGACUUGGAAGAGCUCACGGAACGCUUAUAUGAAGCUGGAGGUGCUACUGCGGCACAGAUCGAGUUGAACAGAAAGAGGGAAAGUGAGCUUACCAAGUUGCGGAACGACGUCGAGGAGGCCAACAUUCACCACGAGGCUGCCAUGGCGGGUGUAAGGAAGAAGCAUAAUGACGCCGUUGCUGAGAUGGGAGAGCAAAUUGAUACUUUAAACAAGCUAAAGGCUAGGGCCGAAAAGGACCGUCAAUCCAUGUCCUCUGAAUUGAACGACAUUCGUUCGGCCAUGGACCGAGUCGGCAAUGAGAAAGCUGGUCAGGAAAAACUUAAUAAGCAAUGGCAAGCGCAGCUGGGAGAUAUCCAGACAAAAUAUGAGGAGGCUGCCCGAACCUUUGAGGAAAUGGAGGGAUCCAAGAAGAAACUGGCUAUUGAGAAUUCAGAACUUUCCCGCCAAUUGGAGGACGCUGACACACAAAUUUCUACCCUUAACAAACUCAAAAUCUCUCUAGCUCAACAGCUCGAGGAUAUUAAGCGGGUGGCGGAUGAAGAAAGUCGGGAGAGGGCGGUUCUCUUGGCCAAGUUCAGGACGGUGGAGCAUGACCAGGAUGGGCUGAGGGAACAGUUGGAUGGCGAAGGACAAGGGAAGGCCGACCUUGUGAGGCAGUUGGCUAAGGGCAAUGCGGAAGCGCAACUUUGGCGUGCAAAGUUUGAGUCUGAAAGAGUUGCUCGAGCUGAGGAGUUGGAGGAAACCAAGCGCAAAUUGCAAGCUCGUCUCUCGGAAUCUGAAGAAGCAAUUGAGUCAAUGAACCAGAAAGUGAUGGGCUUGGAUAAAAGCAAGCAGCGCCUCUCAACCGAGCUGGAAGAUAUGCAGCUGGAAGUCGAGCGGUCAAAGAGCAUGGCCAGCGCGAUGGAGAAGCGGGCAAAGGCUUUCGACAAAUCGGUUGCGGAAUGGAAGACACGUGUCGACGAAUUGGCUGGCGAAUUGGACAAUUCUCAAAAGGAAUGUAGGAACUAUUCAACGGAACUCUUCCGUCUGAGAUCUGUGUAUGAUGAGAGUCACGAACAGUUGGACUCAGUCCGAAGGGAGAAUAAGAGCCUUGUCGAGGAGAUUAAGGACCUCAUGGAUCAGAUUGGAGACGGAGGACGCGCGAUUCACGAAUUGGACAAAGCUCGCCGACGUCUCGAAGUUGAGAAGGAUGAACUCCAAGCCGCUUGUGAAGAAGCGGAGUCAGCUCUCGAACAAGAGGAAAGCAAACUUCUCCGUGGACAACUCGAGCUUUCCACUGUUCGACAAGAAAUCGACCGCCGCAUUCAAGAGAAAGAGGACGAAUUCGAGAAUACGCGCAAGAACCAUAUGCGUGCCCUUGACUCGCUCCAAUCCAGUCUUGAAGCCGAAGCCAAGGCCAAGGCUGAGGCCCUCAGACAAAAAAAGAAAUUGGAAACCGACAUCAACGAGCUGGAGAUUGGACUUGACCAAGCUUCCAAAGCGGCUCAGGAGGCGCAAAAGAAUAUCAAGCGGUACCAACAGACCCUGAAGGAUACGCAGAUGACGCUUGAGGAGGAACAAAGGAUGCGGGAUGAGGCGAGAGAGGCCCUGGGAAGUGCGGAGCGGCGAUCAAACGCACUGUUCAAUGAAUUGGAGAAUUCUCGAAACCUUCUUGAACAGGCGGACCAUGCCCGACGUAGCGCUGAGCAGGAACUGACGGACGCUAAUGAAGAAAUUAGCAAUCUUGACAGUCAAGCUGCUAGUCUGGCCAGUGCCAGGAGGAAGUUGGAAAGCGAGCUAGGAACUCUUCAUACCGACUUGGAGGAGAUUCUCAACGAAGCCAAGAUGUCUGACGAGAAGGCAAAGAAAGCCAUGAUUGAUGCUGCCCGCCUCGCCGACGAACUCCGGGCCGAACAGGAGCACGCCCAUGGCCAAGAGAAGCUCCGCAAACAGCUUGAGCUCCAAGCUAAGGACCUCCAGAACCGGUUGAAUGAGGCCGAAGCUUUAGCCCUUAAGGGUGGAAAGAAGGCCAUCGCCAAGUUGGAAGAACGUAUCCGACAAGCCGAAGGCGAACUUGAUGGUGAACAACGACGACAUGCCGAAGCGCAGAAGUCUAGUCGCAAAAAUGAACGCCGUAUCAAAGAAAUGAGUUUCCAGGCUGACGAAGACCGCAAGAAUCAUGAGCGCAUGCAAGACCUUGUAGACGCGCUGCAACAGAAAAUUAAGACGUUCAAGAGGCAGAUUGAAGAGGCAGAGGAGAUUGCCGCCCUCAACCUUGCCAAAUACAGAAAGGCCCAAACGGACUUGGAGGAUGCCGAAGAGCGAGCCGAAGUCAAUUCGGGCGCUCUCACCAAGCUUCGUGGGCGACGAGCCGGAUCCAUGGCCCGUCUUGCCGCUCAGCAAUAAUUGGGGUCACCUAUGCUCUAUUGAUUUCGUAGUUUCUUUUACCUCUUUCCCUUCACGGAGUGUCGCCUCGGCCUCUUAUUUAUCCUAUACAUUUCUUGACGUCUGUUGUCAUUUUUCCCGCCUUUUUUGACACUUGUCCACUGAUCUGAUCGUUGGUGCUGUGCAAAAGUAGAGUAAUUAAAUAAACCCGCAAAUCAUAGAACCGGUGGAGACUUUCAUUUUC